AACCGCGGUCUUCUGGCGCCAAGCACCCGUUUUUUUUUUGCUCAAACCACUUCAAUUUUUGUUUCUGCCUGCCAAAAAAAACAUUUCAUCCAACUGCCUUCCGAAACUCAGAGCCCAUUUUCCUCCAUAACAUGGUGAACCCGUUCGACAGCAAGGUGAAGAGGAUUCUAAAUGUCGGCGACAAAGAGCUCAGCUAUUACUCCCUAUCAGCACUAGAGGACGAACGUCUAGCAAAAUUGCCCUUCUGCAUCCGCAUACUGCUGGAAAGCACCCUUCGCAACUGCGAUGACCUCGCCGUCCCCAAAAAAAUGGUCGAGCUCAUACUGGACUGGCAAAACACUAGCAAAAAAGACACAGAAAUUGUUUUUUGCCCAGCGCGCGUUGUACUGCAAGACUUUACGGGUGUCCCGGCCAUCGUCGACCUGGCUUCUAUGCGCGAUGCCGUGAAGAGACUCGGUUCUUCUCCGUCGAAGAUCAACCCUAAGGUCCCGGUCGAUCUGGUCAUCGACCAUUCCGUUCAGGUCGACAAGUUCCGCGAGCCCGACGCCCUGCAAAAAAACCUCCAAUUCGAAAUACAGCGGAAUCACGAGCGUUUUUCGUUCCUAAAAUGGGGCGCCAACGCGUUUGAGAAUCUGUCGAUCAUUCCUCCGGGAGCCGGGAUCGUUCAUCAGGUCAAUCUAGAGUACUUGUCUCGGGUCGUCUUCAAUGAAAACGGCGUUUUGUACCCGGACACGGUCGUCGGUACGGACUCCCACACGCCUAUGGUGAACGGCCUCGGCGUCCUGGGGUGGGGCGUGGGCGGCAUCGAAGCAGAGGCGGUCAUGCUGGCGCAGCCCAUAUCCAUGAUCCUCCCGGAAUGCAUAGGCUUCAGGCUGGUCGGGAAGGUAAACUCUCGCGUCACGUCGACAGACCUGGUUUUGACGAUUACAAACAAAAUGCGCGGAAUUGGCGUGGUGGACAAAUUUAUAGAGUUUUUCGGUCCGGGCGUGGCGGAAUUGAGCAUCGCGGAUAGAGCGACGAUUUCCAACAUGUCUCCCGAGAUGGGCUCUACGGUGUCUUUCUUCCCAAUUGACCACGUCACGUUGAGAUACAUGCAUUUGACUGGUAGAAGCGAGGAACUGAUUGAAAUCACAGAAAAGUAUCUGAAAGCUCAAAACUUGUUCCGUGAUUACCGUGACAGGAAUCAGGAUCCUGAGUACACCAGGAUCGUUGAACUUGACCUUAGUACGAUCACUCCGUCUAUUUCCGGGCCGAAACGUCCGCACGAUUGCGUCGCACUUUCUGAGGCGAAGAGGGAUUUCGUUGAGUGCCUUAGGUCCCCUAUUGGGUUCAAGGGCUUCAACGUCUCCGAGGAACACCGUGCGAAGUCGGUGAGCUUUGUGUAUCAAGGCCAGCAAUACCGGUUGACGCAUGGGUCGGUCGUGAUUGCAGCCAUCACGUCUUGCACCAACACCUCUAACCCGAACGUUAUGAUCGGCGCCGGGUUGCUUGCGAAAAAGGCGGUUGAGAUAGGUCUGACGGUCAGUCCAUACAUUAAGACGUCUCUGGCUCCGGGUUCGGGGGUGGUGACGCUGUAUUUGAACCGCAGCGGUCUGCUUCCCUACCUCGACAAGCUGGGAUUCAGCGUGGUCGGAUAUGGCUGCACGACUUGCAUUGGGAACUCCGGCCCUCUCGUUGAAGAGGUGGCCAAGGCUAUUGAGGAGGGAGACCUGAUCUCGGUUGCAGUUUUGUCGGGCAACCGCAACUUUGAAGGCCGCAUUCAUCCGAUGGUGUCCGCGAACUAUCUCGCGUCGCCUCCUCUGGUCAUAGCGUACGCGUUGUCGGGCACCAUGAUUAUAGACUGGGAGACCGAGCCCAUUGGCAAGGUGAAUGGUAAGGAAAUCUACUUGAGGGACAUUUGGCCCUCUCGCGAGGAAAUCGACCACUACGCCAGCAAAUACGUCCUUAGAGAAAUGUUCAUUGAUUGUUAUUCUAUCGUGACCGAGGGGUCGGCCGAUUGGCGCGGUUUGCAGGCACCGAAAUCAGUGUUGUACGAGUGGGACGAGUCGUCUACUUAUAUUCACAACCCGCCGUUUUUCGACUCCAUGACCAGAGAGCUGAACUACGAAACCGUCAUCAAGGGCGCUCGUUGUCUGUUGUAUUUGGGCGACUCCAUCACGACGGAUCACAUAUCUCCGGCUGGCUCAAUUGCUAAGAAUUCGCCGGCCGGUCGAUAUUUGGAGUCUCGAGGCGUCAAGCGGGAGGACUGGAACACCUACGGGUCUCGUCGCGGCAACGAUCAGGUGAUGGUGCGCGGUACGUUCGCGAACAUUCGUCUUCUGAACAAGUUCGUCGACAAGCCGGGAUUUCAAACUGUGUACCAUCCCACUAAGAAGGUAAUGGACAUCUUCGACGCCGCGGAGCUCUACAGGCAAUCCAACACGCCGCUGAUCAUCUUGGCCGGGGAGCAAUACGGCUCGGGCUCGUCUCGCGACUGGGCCGCGAAGGGGGUGUGGAUGCUGAACGUUCGCGUCGUGAUAGCGCAAUCUUACGAGCGCAUUCAUCGCAGCAACCUGGUGCUGUGCGGCAUCAUUCCUCUCCAGUUCAAGCCUGGGGAAUCCGCUCAGAGUUUGGGGCUGAGUGGGAGCGAAACAUUUAGCAUCGAUCUGGGCCAGGACAUAACAGUCGGGCGCGAGGUCACCGUGGCGGUUGAAAACGGAACGGUCAAGAGCUUCUCUGCUCUUCUAAGGUUUGACACGGAGACCGAGGUUACUUACUUCAAACACGGUGGCGUUUUGAACUACGUGAUCCGCCAGACGAUCGAUAGCUGAAGGAGGCCGUGCGCCGCGGGCGUUUAGCAGCAAGUCUCCAAAAAGAGAGAGGGUCCACACAGAACAAGAGACACGUAAUAAAGCGCCAACUCUGCUGUAUAAAGCAGCUUUUUUA